AUGUGCAGGGAGCAGCGCCCCUCUGAGAGGAGGCGGCGCUGCGGAGGGCCGCGUCAGAAGGGGCCAAUUCAUCGCCGAGGGGCUCGCGUCGUUGAGAGGGGCGGCGCUUUGCCGCUGCAAUGCCCGAAGCGUGUCUACUCCGACGCUGGUUGCAAGGAGUUGCCGAUGGGGCACGGACUGCGUGUCCAGCGGCGGUUCAAGGACCAGGACAUGGCGACCGAAACCACUCGAGCCCUCAAUCGCUCGGCCGGUUCUGGCACGUCCGAGGUGGAGUCCGCUCUGAGCGCCUCCAUCCGCCAAGGUCUACAGUGA